UCCUAUGGUGGGGCGGUCUUAAACAAGUAAAUCAACCAAACUGGUUUGUAGACAUCCACAGGGUACGUCAGAAACCUGUCAGUGCUGUAGAAACCACCAGACGAUAAAGGAGCUCUGGGAAGAAAACCUGAUGGCUGUUUCAACAUUCCAGACGGUUGUUCUUGUGUGUGUGUUUGCAACCUGCACUCUUUUAUUGUUCUCUGUAUUUGGAAGAGAUCUAAAAACCCCUGUGGCUGCAUCCAUUACUCAUCCCCCCGGUCCUCCUCCAAAAACAAAAAGGUCGCCGCCACCCCUGAGUCAUCUUCCCCCACCUGGUCCGUGCACCUGUGCCAAAGCUGCAGUACUGCUCAAAAACGCCUUGCCUAUGGAUCGGGCGGAGGAGCUGAUCAAACGCAGAGAAAAGGAGUUCCAGCAACACAAAGUCAGGACUGAGUCUGUGUUAUCCUCUCUGCUGUAUGCUCCGUCUAACUCUCCUCUGCAGUACCCUAUCCAGGGUUUCAGAGUACAACCUAUGACCUCCACCCUCAUACCAGGUCUCGCACUGCAUGCAGAACAAAGAAGCAGCUACACGGUCUCCUUGAACGUCUCCAAAGGGGUCCUGAGGACACUGUUUCCAGCCAAAGGAGCGCAGGUCCAAGGUAAUGGAGAGAGCCGACUGAUGAUGGAGUCCAGCAGCCUGGAGACCCUCAAUGAGCUGCUGGGACAUGUGUCCUAUACCAGCUCUGCUUACCACAUACACACCGGAGACCUGGCAUCCUUCCAGUUUGAGGACCAUGAAGCUGUGUUUCCCGUUACCAUCAAACAGCCUCAACCUCCAGUCCUGUACGACAUGGGAACAGAUAUCAACUCUCAAGUCACCAUCACCACAAAGACCUUCCUGCGCUACCCAGAACUCCAGAGGUUGUUGAGUAGCAUCCGGCAGUUCUACAAAGACAUAGAAGUCAUCAUCGCAGACGACAGCUUUGACCCGGAGAAAAUUACUGGAGCUCACAUCCAACAUUACAUCAUGCCUCCAGCACAGGGCUGGUUUGCUGGCAGGAACCUGGCGGUCUCCCAGGUCACCACCAAGUACUUCCUGUGGGUGGACGAUGACUUCCUGUUUACAGAGUCGACGAAGAUCGAAGAGUUGGUGAAGGUGAUGGAGGCGAACCCAGAUCUGGACGUGCUUGGUGGAUCAGUAGGAGGCCUCCAGUUUUAUUUCUCUCUCCUCUAUGAGGAAGGAGAUGAAAUGGAAGGUGGCUGCAUGUACAGGAAGUCCAGAGGGAGGUUCCACUCUCUUCCUGGUUACCCACAAUGCUCAUUGGUCAAUGGGGUGGUCAACUUCUUCCUGGCUCGUACAGAUGCCGCUCAGAGGGUGGGAUUCGACCCUCAGCUCAAGAGGUUGGCACACUCAGAGUUCUUCAUGGAUGGCCUGGGCUCCUUGAUGGUGGCAACAUGUGGCCACGUGUCCAUUGGACAUCAGAAAAUACGUGUUAGUGCGCGCUACAGUCGGUUCAGACACCCUCCAACGAGUGACAGCGACUCAAAGCUGCAGCUUCACUUCUUCAAAAACCACCUGAAGUGUAUCCUCUAUGGUUAGGAAACCACCAGAGGAAAUGUGUCUCAUUCUCCUGCAGAGAGAUAAAAUGGCAAUAGUGCAUAUACAAAUAUCAAUAACACAAGAAACACUUUUCUUUACUCGACAAAGUUUCUGUCUGUAGAUUAACGUGUCAGUUAGAGCAGCACUGUGACUGCUACGACCGGCAUGAUGAACUGGAACACAGUAAUGUGUCUUAGAAUGGGAGGUAACUUCUUCUCUCAAGAAAAAAAUACAUUUACUAGAAUCUGGAAGACAAUGUCAGGUUUACAAAAAGGGGGGGGGGGAUGCCAGAUGAUUGUACAGAUUGACCUCUGAUAAUGUGUUCAAUAGUUUCCAGUUAAAGAAAGUGUUUUGUGUGUGUGCCUAAAGACAGUGAGCAGUAUCUCUGUGACACAUUGCUUUUGCUGAAGAUCCAGAAUAAAGUUUGCGCCUCA